AUGCCUCCUAAGAAGAAGAUCGCAGACGAAGGUGCUGAGGCUGGCGGUGAUGGCAAGUUCAGCUGGACCGCAGAUAAUGAGCGCACACUCUUGUUACUGACCAUGGGACGCACCAUCACCUCGGACGACCAUCACAAGCUCGUUGUGGCCUUGCCUCCCGGCACUAACUGGAACGCGAUUCGCCAACGUUUCGGCAAGAUGCGCAAGGAGCAGCGUGCACGCAUGGAGGAGCUCGGCUGGACACUACCCGAUGGUGCCACUGAAACUCCUACUAAGACACCUACCAAGUCUCCGAAGAAGCGUACUGUUGCCACUGAGAAGAGCGAUGAGGGUGGUGAUGCUGAGGCCGAAUCUCCUACCAAGAAGCCGCGCGCUCGCAAGUCUCAGAAGCAGAUUGUUAAGAAAGAGACUGAGGAGAUGCUUUUCAACGGCGAGGUAGAAGACGCUGGUGUCAAGGGGGAGGGACCUGUUACGCCGCGCAAGAAUACUACUUCUAAAGCUACUACGCCUAAGAAGAGGGCUGCUCUUAGUGCAGAUAGUAAUAACGAGGGAGAUAGUAGUAAAGACGACAUACUAAAGGCGAAGAAGGGGAGAGGUAGGAGACUAAAAGCUGAAGUUAAGGAGAAGAGCGUAGAAAAGGAGAGUGUUAAAGAGGAUAGCGAGAAAGAUGUUAAGGUUAAAUAA